AUGUCUGAUACAGAAGAGCCCUAUUGCAGAUCGUCACAGGUCAAGCUCAGCUCGCUUUGCGCUGCUGGGCUUACCCCUUCAAUUCGGGCUAGUACAUGGGCGAGGACAAGACUGGUGCUGCUGCCGCUGCCGCUGCCGCUGCUGCACUCCUAUACUCGGCCACUACUGUACAAUGUACUCAGUCACCACGCCACCUCUACCGCCAUUACACAAUUCUUUCUUCUGCUCCGGCCUGCAGCUCGCGCUCUGUCGUGCUACUGUACUGGGCCGCGACUAGGCCCGCCCCAGGGCGUCGCAAGAUUCGCUCCUUUCGCCCUUUGGGCCGUGGGGGUGACCUCAAAUCUUCGCGGCUCGCGGCGCUGUAAGGCAAAAGCAGCCAAACCCGCGAGAGCUCUGCAAGCGAUCGCACCAUUUCCUCGGCUUAAAUCAGCGAUCGAGGCAGCAAUGAAUAUACUAUUCAACGAACUCUUGUAA